AUGACACUUUACAUCUGGAGCCGUUUGGAACUGCCAGAACAGAACGGCGCAGCCGGUCAACGCAUCUCUCACAUUCUCGGGACUAGCCUGUGGGUCAGCUUGAUAUUAGUUGCUAUUACGGCAAGUUUUGGUGGCGAUUUUUCAGUGCGCCUUGUGGCAGCACUCAUCUAUUUUCCUGCUGCAGCACUCUGGCUGGUGUAUAGGAGCGACUGGUGUAAAAGCAGCCGCAGACUGAUCAGCACGUGGGUUGUUUUCAUUCCGCUGAUCUUUGAGUACAAGCUCAUGUACUGGUGGCUGCGAUUUGCUAGCCUUGAGCAGGUGACGGACGCUUACAAGCCACUGCAUGAAAAGUAUGCGCCUCGCGUGCUUCGCCUGCUGGUGGAUCAGGGCGGCAUUUUUGUGAAGAUCGGGCAGAUGCUGUCCUUACUCCCUGCAGGGGUCCUGCCUGAGGCCUACACAAAGCAGUUCAAAACUCUUCAAAGCCGCGUGCCUCCUCGGCCCGGUUCCGAAGUGAGGCGGCUGGUGUCGGAAGCCCUGGGUCAACCUGUGGAGUCGGUCUUUAGCCGCUUCGACGAGGUGCCCAUUGGGUCAGCAAGCAUUGGGCAGGUUCACCGGGCCAGAUUGGCUGAUACAGGGCGCGAGGUUGUUGUGAAGGUGCAGUAUCCGGAGGUAUCCCAAACAAUCGAGUCGGAUUUUACGAACUGUGAACGCAUUGUGAGGCUCCUGGACAGGACCAAGAUGGACCAAGUUCGAGAAACGAAGAAGCAUUACAUCAACGAGCUGGAUUUCAACAAGGAAGCUCAGAACCUCUUGCGCGUUCGGGCUGGUCUCUGCAAGCAGUUCCCUGAGGUGCGCGUGCCAGAGCCGCUUCUGGAAUUCUGUAGGCCAACUGUGCUGGUGAUGAC